CUUUGAAAAUGACCGUUAGUUUUAUAGCUAUAAUUAGCGAUAGUAGUUAAAUUCAGUUAAACUUUCGUUAUUCUCUGAGUUAUCAACUUUGAACAGAUUUUGUUUGGCAGGUAAAUAUGAGCAUUGCUAUACUUCCCAUGUCAGCUGAAUUCAAUUGGAACCCAGCAACUGUUGGUCUAAUACAGUCAUCUUUUUUCUGGGGUUAUCUCCUUACUCAGAUUGCCGGUGGCAUAUGGGCAGACACUGUAGGUGGCAAGUCGGUGUUAGGAUUUGGGGUAGUAUGGUGGUCCAUUGCUACAGCUCUUACUCCUGUUGCUGCUAAAAUUGGUUUGCCAUUCCUACUUGUCGUUCGUGCUUUCAUGGGAAUUGGCGAGGGUGUUGCUAUGCCUGCCAUGAAUAAUAUUCUGUCCAAGUGGGUUCCUGUUGCCGAAAGGAGUAGAUCACUAGCAUUGGUGUAUAGUGGAAUGUAUCUUGGCUCAGUUACUGGCCUGGCUUUUUCACCAUUCUUGAUACAUCAGUUUGGAUGGCCAUCAGUGUUUUACUCCUUCGGUUCUCUAGGGACAGUCUGGUUUGCUUUAUGGCUAAAUAAGGCUCAUAGUUCACCUCUUGAGGAUCCUCAACUUCAGCCCCAGGAGAAGAAGCUUAUUGUCACCAACAAUAUUACCAACGAGAAAGUUAAAACAAUACCUUGGAGGUUAAUCUUGUCAAAGCCACCUGUAUGGGCCCUAAUAGUGUCUCAUUUCUGUCACAAUUGGGGAACAUUUAUUCUUUUGACAUGGAUGCCAACAUACUAUCAUCAAGUCCUGAAGUUCAAUCUCACAGAAUCUGGGCUCUUCUGUGUUUUGCCCUGGCUGACAAUGGCUUUUUCUGCGAAUCUUGGAGGGUGGAUUGCAGAUACACUUGUGAGCAAAGGUUUAUCUGUGACCACUGUUCGCAAGAUCAUGCAAUCAAUUGGAUUUCUUGGCCCUGCUUUCUUCCUAACUCAGCUGAGCCAUGUCAAUUCUCCUGCUAUGGCUGUUUUGUGUAUGGCAUGCAGUCAGGGAACGGACGCAUUUUCACAGUCUGGCCUGUAUUCAAAUCAUCAGGAUAUUGCUCCUCGAUAUUCCGGGGUAUUACUUGGUUUAUCCAACACUGCUGGAGUACUGGCAGGGGUGUUUGGAACUGCGGCAACUGGUUACAUUCUGCAACAUGGUUCUUGGGAUGAUGUGUUCAAGGUUUGUGGGCUAUACUUGGGUGGAACUGUGGUUUGGAACCUCUUUUCAACUGGUGAGAAAAUACUGGACUGACUCUCAGAUAUUCAGAUGUUUAGCAAGAGGCACUCAAGCCCCCACGUGCCUGAGCUAUUUGAGAGGGUUCAACUGAUUGAAUGAAGACAAAAGAUGAAAAAGUAUGAGUCAAAUUUGGAGGAAAGGCAAAGUGUCCAUUUCUGGACUUGAGCUACUGGCCAUAUUUUCUUAAUGCCAGGCAAGGAGACCCAAAAUUUGAAAUCCAAAAUUGUCAAUGGCUCUAAAUUGCAAUUGUUGCAAGAGGUCUCAUUGGAGGAAGAAUUUAUUUGUAUAGCAAACACACCACAGCCUGUAAUCCUUUAAAUGCUAUAUUUAAUCCUUAACAAAUCAAUUUUCUAAUUUCA